AGCGCAUUUUGAAGGAUCGCCUCAGCCUUGCGUCUACCCAAUCUUAUCGACGACAGCCUGACUCCACGGAUGGCAACCACAAUCCUAACGGUGCACUUAAACAAAACGCAAUUCCACGAGGGGUCUUAAUUUGGCACUGUCUUUACAGUCAUGGCAGAAGAAGGCUGGGCAAAGGAGAAGUCGGCGUCGUCUGGAAAGAGUGAAACGGCGCCCAAAGUAGAGAAAAUCGAAGACGAUGAAGCUGCUUUCGAUGCGUUAGAAGCGGAGCAGAAGGAGUUCAUCAAGGACGCCGAAAUCGAUCGUAUCCUGCGCGCCUUUCGUCUCGAUGCCUACGCCGUGCUCGACCUCCAACCAGGUGUACCCGAUUCCGACAUCAAGAAAGUCUACAGAACAAAAUCGCUGCUAAUCCAUCCGGAUAAAACCCGGAAUCCACAAGCGCCCGAUGCCUUUGAUCGCCUGAAGAAAGCACAGACGGAAUUGACGGAUGAGAAGCACAGGGAGCGCCUGGAUGAGGCCAUUGCCGAUGCGAGAAUGCUGCUUAUGCGCGAGAGGGAGCUUACAAUGGAUUCCGAGGAAGUUAAAUCCGACGAAUUCGCAAAGGCAUGGCGCGAAAAGUCGAAGAUGGUGUUGAUAGACAACGAGCAUAGGAGACGGCGGCAGGUGAAGGCGCAGAUGCAGGAGGAGGGCCGCGAGCAGAAAAAGGAAGAGGAGGAGCUUGAGGCACGGAAACGGAAGAGGGAACAUGAGCAGGACUGGGAAAAGACGAGGGAACAGCGCAUUGGGAGUUGGAGGGACUUCCAACAGGGCAAGAAGAGCUCAUCGGACGGGAAGAAGAAGAAGAAGAAGAUGAAGGUUCUCGGGUAAUUUUGGGUUCAUGUACUUCAUUACGGGGCGGUUUCAACAGGAGUUGAGAGGCAGAUUCGGCGCUAUUCUGAGCUGGCGUAUGGGAUAAUAUGCAUUUCGGGGAUAUGUUAGGUGACAAUAUCAUU